AUGAACUUUGCCGAGACUCGAGUUGAGCCAGCCCCGGUCAACACCACCACUACCACCACUACCACCCGCAUCGAACCGUCCAUCAUUAUAGUGACCGUUGUGAUAUUUGUUGUGGUCAUUGGUGUGGUCAUCGCUGGGCUCUUCUCACUACGACAAGAAAAUAUUCAAAAGAAGAAAGUCGCCACAUCACCACACCGUCGCAAUAACAGUGUUUCUACAAUGUCUUCCUUCAACUCGCUGGAUCUAGAAAAGAAUCCAGAUUGGGUUCUGGAGCAUCAACGCCGCCACAUCAUCCAAAAGAGCUUGGCAUCUCGGUCUGCUUCUCCGGCUUUUGACUUGAGACCUCCCACUCGAGCCCUCACCCGUACUUCUAGCAACGGUACGCUGAGAAGUGACUGGAAAGAGCUCGAAGCUGGUAUGUAUGCCGGCCUUUCAUCAACCUCACACCCGGCAAUCCAUGCUGAGCAGUGA